UUAGAUGUCAUAGGUACUCAGAGAAAAUCAUUUGAAGCAAUAAAGCACAUCUGCUAGUAGGCAGGCUUGCAUCACCACUCCCUUUUUUUUUUUUUGAGCUCUUUGCAAUUCAGCCUGCUAACACACGUCUCAGUGCGUGUUUUGAUUUUUUUUUUUUUUUUAAAAAGAGCUAAUAUAAACCCGGUUGGCUCUAAUCACAAACAUUGUGUUUUAUUUUCUCCCGCAUAUAGUAUUGCCCUUGCAGUUGUGGAAAUUUAUUUGGACGUUGCUUUUUUUUUUUUUUAAAUCCCUAUCAGCUUGUAAAUGAUGGAUGUGAUGUCAUAAAUUGUAACCAUUCACUUAGAGAAAGCAAUAGAGAGAGUGGAAGAGAGAGAGAGAGAGAGAGAGAGAGAGAGGGAGAGAGAGAGAGGGAGAGAGAGAGAGAGAGAGAGAGAGAGAGAGAGAGAGUGAGUGAGAGCGCAAGAAAUAGAGAUAGAGAGGGAUGCUGCAUCUCAUCAGAGUGGGAUGCUCAGUUACCGACGGCAACGGAACAAUGCUGCAGGACCGCUGCAAACAGGAGCUCCAGGCCGCCUCCAAUGGUGCCGACACCGACUGCCCCCCCUCGCCACCCCGCACGGCACCGCCCACCACCAAGUCGGCCCAUUUCUUUGACACGUUGGACAAGAUGGAGGAUGACUACAUCCCUUAUCCAAGGAUCGAAGAGGUGUUAGAGAAGGGAGAACCGUACCCACAGGUCAUCCUCCCCCAGUUUGGAGGUUACUGGAUCGAGGAACCUGAGGAACCUCCCCCGCCUGCGCCUCCCCCUGCCACCCAGGAGGCCAGCAAGGAUGACGAGCAAGGAGAAGGAGGAGAGGCCCAGGAUAACGCAAACUGUGGAUAUCGCCUGGAGGAGACCAACGAGGCCGCACGUGCGUACAGGAAGUACUUCUUGGGCAAGGAGCAUUUAAACUUCUCUUGCCCGUCCAGCAGCGUUGGAAACGUGUUGUUGUCUGUUAGGCAUGAAGAAGAGAAUCAGCAAGAACAUCUCCACGUCAUCAUCAGGUCCCGAGUGAAGACAAUCUAUCAGCGCCUGUCAGUGACAGAGCUACCUGAUAUACCAAGUGUACAAGAGCUGACUAAGCUGAUGUGUGACGACGCAGCUGGUCUCCGUUUCAGUCCCGUCCUUUACCCGAAGGCGUCUCAGCUAAUUGUCAACUAUGACGAACAUGAGGUCAACAACACGUUCAAGUUUGGAGUUAUUUUCCAACGCUUUGGACAGGUGUCCGAGGAGGAGCUGUUCAGGAACAAUGAGGAAACGCCAGCGUUCCAAGAGUUUAUGCAGCUCCUCGGCGACACUGUGGACCUGCAAGACUUUAAAGGGUUUCGGGGGGGUCUGGAUGUGUCUCACGGCCAGACUGGUUCUCAGUCUGUGUACACGGUACACAAACAGCAGGAAGUCAUGUUCCACGUUUCCACCAAGCUGCCCUUCACGGAGGGAGACACCCAGCAGCUCCAGAGGAAGCGUCACAUAGGCAACGACAUCGUAGCCCUGGUUUUCCAGGAGGAGGCCACCCCCUUUGUGCCAGACAUGAUCGCCUCCAACUUUUUACACGCCUUUGUCACAGUCCAGGUGGAGGAACCCUGCUCGGAGAAUACCAGCUAUAAGGUGUCUGUUACAGCACGAGAGGAUGUACCGCCUUUUGGACCGCCUCUCCCAAAUCCAGCUGUUUUUAAGAAGGGUCCAGAGUUUCGGGAGUUUCUACUCACUAAACUCAUCAAUGCAGAGCUGGCCUGUUACAAGAGCAUCCGUUUUUCCCGACUGGAGGAGCGGACAAGGGCCGCACUGCUGGAUACUCUCCACGACGAGCUACAGAGACGCUCCCAGAGAAUGCUGGGAUUGACAUCUACUCUUGAUGAGGAGGCUCGGGCUGAAAAUGGACAUGCUCACGGAGGUCUGCUGGAAUCCAUCAAGAGGGCUAUGCGCGGGAGAAGCGUCUCCAUGGAGACAAUGUCAAGAGGUGGCGGGGGGCUGCCCACCAGUUUGAGCGGUGGGGGGUUGGCACAUAUCAGCGCUGAGGGUAGUGUAAAAUCUCCAGUCAAACGCCGUUCGGGUCUGUUCCCUCGAUUGUUGAGUAUUGACAGCCAAACAGAUAAGCACGGCCAGAGAGGAGUCAGUUUCCUCGGUGACCAGAGGAACUUUGAUGGUUGCCAGCCCAUGUUAGAGGUGAAGUCGGAGCUGCCGUCCAAUCCCAGCUCUCCAGAGGCGGGGCAACGAGACAGAAUUUGCAUAAAAAAGGAUAACAGCAAAAUUUCCAGAUCCACCUCCAGCACGUGUAGCUUCAGUCUCCCCGCAGACGACACUCACCUGUUUGCCCAUGCUGUGACAGUAGAAGGUCAAGGUUCAAGUCCGCUCAUCGUCUGUCGAAGCCCCACAGAAUUAAAAAACAAAAACUCACCGAGAUCCAACCUGAAGUUUCGUUUCGACAAGCUGAGUCACUCAGCUGCGCAGGGACAUUAGACUGCAAGGAAAAGGUACACAUUAAAUUCAACUGUGAGCAUUAUCUUUUUGAUCUAAUAGUGUCUGAAUCAUGAAUUUGAUUAAUUCGGUGGAAUGUUAGAAAAUUGGGUGGCUUCAUUAACCGACGUCAGGAGAAGGACGAUGCAGCACCAAGACUUUUGCUACGUGGAUUCAAUCAUUGCCAACUGGUCUCUCCAUCACUUGAUUAUGAUCGGCUCACAUAUUGUGAUUCACCACGGAAUGCACCAUGAGUGAAUGUGUCAGAUGAGUGGAAAUAAUCCCAAUGAUGUCACAGCGCCAUCACCGGCGAGUAACUGUUUACCAAAGGGAGAGGCAUACUGAGUCCUGGAAAAUGCAGAAAAUAUUUUAUGCCAAGAUCAGCUAAUUGCAUCAUUUUACUCUGUUUGUUUUCAAGAAUCCCCAAAUACUGCAGUAUCCGCACCUUGGAAUUUGAUUUGAUUCAGUGAAAUGUCUGUUUUAGCAUUUACUAAACAACGGUAGCAGUAAAACUGCCCUAGAUGGAAUUGAAUUGAAUAAUCAGGGAUAGAGCCGAAUGAGGGUGUAAAAUGAAAAAUGUAUUUUUGUGGAGAAUAUAAUUGACUAAAAUUGACAUGCAAUAAUAUGACUUAUUUUUGUCACUCAUAAAUGAAGUAUAGUUCCUGGAACAAGACUUGCAAUCUCACAUUUGAACAUUUCUACGGCUAAAUCAGCUUGUUUGACACUUUGUUGAAACUACAAGAUGGACUGCCAUUUCAAGCAAAAAACAAAAGGGUGAUAGAAAUGAUGUUGCACUAGAAAAAAAAGCGCUUCUCCCCUCUGUAGGGGUAUAAACCAGGGGGUCCUCAAACUUUUGGGGUCAAGAAUGUGAAAGAGCGAAAAAUAUGUACCGUAUUUUCCGGACUAUAAGGCGCACCUAAAAACCUAAAAUUUUCUCAAAAGUGCGCCUUAUAGUCCAGUGCGCCUUUUAUAUGGACCAAAUUCCUAAAUUUAAACUGGCCCAAAGCAUUGUGUCAUGAAAUCAAUCAUAAGAGGCCCGCUAAAGACUAGGAAUCAUGAAUCAAAAAGCCUAUGGAUCAUUAUUUUGUGAUUAUAAAGUAAUUUGUUGCAUCUGAAGUCGAAAUAAAAAAGAUAAAAUGGAGAAUGAUUUGAUUUGGAUUACAAAUCUGACAUGAUGCAUUAAUGGUGCGCCUUAUAGUCCGGUGCGCCUUAUAUAUGGACAAAGUUUUAAAAUGGGCCAUUCAUUGAAGGUGCGCCUUAUAGUCCGGUGCGCCUUAUAGUCCGGAAAAUACGGUAGUAUUCUUUGAUUGGGAUGCCGGUCCCUACAGUUACGUAUGAACUUUUUAAAAUGAUCUGAUAUACCCAAUAAUUUACUACAAAAUAUUUUGUGGGUUACCCCAGUUUGAGAACCACUGGUCUGGACAUCAACCAUGUACAAAACUCUGUUUUUGCACUGAAAGCACAACUUUCCUUAUUAUGUUCAUGCAUCAUCUUCCAAGCAUUUCAGUCUAUCAAGAGGAUGAUCAAAUGUAGCAUGUUUGUUUCUGUCCUGUGUCCCUUUGUUAUAAGUUGUGCGUUUCUUUCAAUAAAAAGUUCAUUUUUGUUUCCAUGAAUCCAAAGUGCACUGUAAAGAAGCAAAAUGUAAAAUAGCUACAGAUCAAGGAAACAAAUGUCAAUAAAGCGCCAUUAAAAUGA